AGGUUGUAGGUUAUGAUCCACAUGAAAUAUUGUAAAUAAGAGCACAAAUUAGAACUCGGAAAUCAAGUAACAAAAAUGCUGCGAUCUCGCUUAUCUAUUUUGUGUUUUAGAAGAAAUAAGCACAGCAAGACACAUUGGUCUCAAGCCCGAAAGAAACAGUUCGCUAAGGAUCGGGCGCUGGAAAAUUUUGACGACUUUUACGGCCAGGUUUAUGGCAAUCGAUGGAAAAGUAUCCGUGUAGCCUUGUUAGGUGAACAUAAGUAUAUGGCAAUGGUAAACCAGUUUGGUGAUACAGAAAAAACCAUCGCUUUUCUGCAAUCGGAUGGAGCUAUCAAUGUAAGGGACAUUUACAGCGCUAAAAAACAAUUUCUCACCGAUGCCAGCAGUGACAUGUUUACGGGCAAUAAGAUUUUCAAAUUGGAUCAGACAAUAGAGCAGUUUGCCGAAAAUCAGGAGCAGCAAGAAAGAGGACGAUUAUACAAAGAGAAUGCAUCAGACAUGUCUGAAAAUGCUGAACCCGAAACGAAACAAUCUCGAGUCGACUACAAAAAGUCGCUAAGUCAGACUCUGCAGGACAACACAGAGAUGGAUUUCCAGCGACUGAUUGAUCCUAACCUGGGAACAGCGGCUUUACACGAAUUCAUACCCGCAACCAAACUGAAAGGCAUGGAAGAUUUCGUGCCUGAAUCUGAUCACUACAAAUACUACAGCAACAGUACGGAUUUUCCUAUCGCCGUCGAAAUGGAAACCAGCUUCGAAAUACCAGAAUAUCUUAAUAUUUUUACAUACGAACGAGGGAACGUUUCGGAAUUUAGAUCCCCACGAAAAUGUUCUACCGGUGUUUUAUCACAUUUUCUUAUGGACGGAGCCUCAAUUCUACCCGCAUUGGCGUUAGAUGUCCAACCAGGAGAUCGAGUGCUAGAUGCAUGUGCAGCCCCUGGUGGGAAGUCGCUACUUCUCCUCCAGACGCUUCGUCCUGGGACGCUCGUAUGUAACGAUGUUCAGGAAAGUCGUGUUAACCGCAUUAAGAAGUUGAUGAACAGUUAUGUUUAUAACUUCGGAGACAGCUGCAAGAAGGAGCGUUGUUUUGUUAUUCAAUCGGAUGCACGGGACCUGCAGGAUUACAACAUGUACGAUCGGAUACUAGUCGAUGUCCCUUGCACUACUGAUCGACAUUCGGUGAUGGAAAAUGACAACAAUAUUUUCAAAUCAACCAGAGUGAAAGAGCGGCUUAAGCUUCCCGAAGUACAGGCGGCAAUUUUAGCCAACUGCCUAAAGCUGUUGCGACCAGGAGGAUCACUGGUGUAUUCCACGUGCAGUUUAAGCCCGGUGCAAAAUGACGGUGUGGUGCACAUGGCCCUGAGUAACGUGUUCAGCGAUACCGGUCUAACGGUGACCGUGAGGGAUCUCAGCUUAGUAAUGCGCCCUUUUUCUGAUAUCUUUAAAUUCGCCCAUCCAAACACCCUUAAGUACGGUCAACUGGUGCUACCAUUCCUACCGACUAAUUUUGGACCCAUGUACUUUUGUAAAUUAGUACGAAACGAUUAGAAAACAGGCUGUUUUAUAUUUCAUAGAUUGGAUAAUAAAAGUGAGCCCUAGGACUUCAUUUUC